AGAAUGAGCAACUACCAACGUUGUGGGCCAUGGCUUUGAAGGAGAAGGGGUUUCCUUAGGGCUUUGAUGUGGUCACAGCGUUGGGGACGAGGAUCAGAGCUUGCGACCCAACUGCAUCCGAGACAAAAGCUUGAAACUUUCUGCGUUUUUGGGGGGUUAUUAAAUUGACAGUUCCUGGAGACAUAAAGCACAAAAUCAUUGUGGAGGAGUAUCAGUGGCCAGGAAUUUGAUUUUCUUCUCAUUUGUAUACAAAGUUGAUAAAUUGACCUUGGCUCAUUUAUUUUACCUCUAAUUAGGUGUUUUCUGUGUGCUGGAGGUCUGAGUUCUGAUAUCUGCAGCUAUGGAUGAUAAACAAGACAAUUCGUUACCAUCCCCCUUGCCGAACCAAUUUUUAUUAAUUGAUGAGGAACUUUGGCAGAUGGCUGAAGAGAGGGCCCAAGAGAUACUAUCUACAAUUCAACCAAAUGUGCUAUCUGAGGUCAACAGAAAGGAUGUGAUUGAUUAUGUUCAGAGGCUGAUUAGAGGUUACUAUGGAGCAGAGGUCUUCCCAUUUGGCUCUGUCCCGCUAAAAACCUAUCUUCCUGAUGGAGAUGUUGACUUGACAGCUCUCAGUCAUGAAAAUGUAGAGGAGGAUUUGGCACAAGCAGUAUGCAGUAUACUUGAAAGUGGAGAGGACCCUGAAUACCAAGUAAAAGACAUACAAUAUAUACGUGCACAGGUCCAGCUUGUGAAAUGCACAGUGAAAAAUAUAGCAGUUGACAUCUCUUUCAAUCAGAUGGCUGGACUCUAUGCUCUACGCUUUCUUGAGCAGGUUGACCAACUUGUUGGGAAAAACCAUAUUUUCAAGCGAAGUAUCAUCUUAAUCAAAGCGUGGUGCUAUUAUGAGAGUCGUAUUCUUGGUGCACACCAUGGACUGUUAUCAACAUAUGCUGUGGAAACAUUAGUGUUAUAUAUUAUCAAUCGAUUUCAUUCAUCAGUGCGUGGUCCUCUGGAGGUGCUAUACAGGUUUUUGGACUACUAUGGCAGAUUUGAUUGGGAACAUAACUAUGUCACUAUAGAUGGUCCAAAACCCUUAUCUUCCCUUCCAGAAAUUGUUGAGACACCAGAAUGUGAUCGGGGUGAGUUCUUGCUCCAGAAAGAGUUCCUGAAAAGUUAUAGGGAUAUGUGUGCUUUUUCAGCAAGGGCAUCUGAGAAUGCAGUCCAUGAAUUUCCCACUAAGUUCUUGAACAUCAUGGAUCCUCUAAGAGAUGAUAACAACCUAGGCCGUAGUGUCAGCAGAGCCAAUUUACAUCGAAUUAGAUUUGCUCUUACCUUUGGUGCUCGAAGGCUUAGGGGCAUCCUUAAACUUCCAGGAGAAAACAUGGGGGCAGCACUUGAGAAGUUUUUCACAAACACUUUGGAGAGGAAUGGAAAAGGACUAAGGCCAGAUGUUGACAUUCCUGUUCCUGUAUUUGGUACUGGAAAAUCUCAAGAGUUUGUCCUCCGGGGAGAUUGUGAAAGUUACUAUGGUGGCCUACAAUAUGUUCAGUUGUAUCGUAAUUAUGCCACACCAGUCACUGCACAUCAGAGUUCUCCAUCGUCACCUUCUCAGGCUGAUAUCCUUGCACUAUCGAUGCAGCAAAACUGGAGUAUGUUUUAUCAAACGGGUACUGAUGUCUAUGUCCCAGGACAAACGCUCUAUCAUCCAAAUGUUUCCCCAAGAAGUUACAGCCUUGAAGAAAGAGCAAAAUCACGAGGAACAGGGACAUAUAUACCGGACAUGGCUCAUAAUUCCUACUGGGACAUGCGAGUAAGAGUGUCCAGGCCAAGGAGAUUUACUUAUACGAAUCAUUAUUCACUGCACAAAUCACCUCCAAGAAACCCAGAAGUGGGCGUUCAUUCUGAGACAGCAGAUGUGAAUGGUAAUUCAAAGCCUUUUGAGCUCUCAAAAGAAGAUUUCCCCCUUCUUCCAAGCGUUCACAAAGCCAUGUCAGAAGUCCAAGAGUCUGCUGACUCUGCUCAGUUACCUGAGAUUCAUUCUGUGACAGACAUGGAUGGUAAUUCUAGGUCAGACAUGGAUGGUAUUUCAAGGGCAAACAUGGAUGGUAUUUCAUGGGCAACCAUGGAUGUUAAUUCAAGGCCUGUCAUGGAUGGUAUUUCAAGGGCAGUAAUGGAUGGUAAUUCAAGAUCAGACGCACAUGUUAAUUCAAGGUCAUUUGAGCUGUCAAAUGAAGAUUUCCCCCUUCUUUCAAGCACCCGCAAGACCAUCCUGUCAGAAUCCCAGAAGUCUGUUAAGUUAACUAAGCAGGCCAAGAAUUCCUCAUCGUCUCAACUGAAUAUUGAUUUUGGAGAUGUCAAGAAUUCGCAAUCACUGACAGAACCAACUUUGUCAACCAAGGAUGAGAAAGAAGAUUCUGGUGUUUCAUUAUCUCAAGAUACAGUGCUAGUAGUUCCAAAGGUGGCAAUGUUGACUGAGGAAGAAUUUCUCGAGGGUAAUGAGAAGAUGUAUUGAUAGUAGUAUCUAACGCAUAGACCUUUUGUAGGAUAUCCAGAAUAACAUCAGCGAAGUUAUAGUGUUGCUUUGUAGUUGGUGGUUGUUCAGACCAUUCCAGCUUGAAGAUAAUAGUCAAUUUUCCAUUUUGGUUUUUACAGAUGUACAUUUUGGGAGAAACUAGAAUUGGUUGCCAGUAGUAGUCUCCAACUUCAUAGGAACAAGCCAUUGGUAAGCAUGUUAACCAAUUUUGUUCUGCCUUAGUGAGAAUAGCUUACCAUGACCCUAGGAACAGAAUCACACCUCCCUUCUAAAGUCCGAAUGAACUUGUACAUGAUUUCUCUUUGAAUGAUAAAGCAAAAUAUAUUGG